UUCUCACUCAUCAAAUUUUGUAGUGAAACGCGCGACGCCUCUGCCCCCUUUCUUCGGUAUCCUCGGCCGACCAUACAGCUAGUCGACGCGGCCGUGGACGUGGACGUGUGCUCGCUGUCUUCUCCUCAGCAACAUAAGUCAGUUUUCUUUGUCCACCAGAAUGCCACGGAAACCAAAAAAGCAUAACCACUCUAUGAGACAUCGGCUAGUUACCUUUUCCCCAUUUGGUCGGUCGAAAGCCAUGGCUACUCGGAGUCGGAUGGCCACAAGAGGGGUUGAGAAACACGAGCGACAAAAUAAAGAUUUAGCAACCUCUUCCCUUAAUGGAUUCAAAUACAAUAUGAAAGAUAAAAUCCAGCAGUCUGACUCUUCUGAUGAUGAGGAAUUUGAGGGGGAUGUUCAAGCCGAUUUUGUUUUCUUUGAUCCAAAGCUUAGUGAUUUCCAUGGGGUGAAGGUCCUCUUGCAGACUUACCUUGAUAACUUACAGUGGGAUCUGAGUGGAUUUGUCGACUUAAUAUUGGGUCAGCCGACUGUUGGCACUGUAGUCAAGAUUGAGAAUGACGAAGAUGAUGGAGUAUAUUCUGUUGUUUCUGCUCUCAGUUUAGAGAGAUAUAAGGAUAGCAAAUGUGUGCUUGAACUCAAGGAUUUCUUGCUUAAAGUGUGCCAGGAUACGGAUGUGUUGGGAAAACUCAAGUCUUUAGUUGGAGAGCAUGCUCAACAUGUUGGUCUUUUAGUAUCACAGCGUGUUGUAAAUCUCCCACCUCAGCUUUUGCCUCCACUUUAUGAUGGUCUCUUUGAUGAAGUGGGGUGGGCUACAGAAGAUGAGCCUACCAAAGAGCUCCGGAGUUCCUUCCGCUUCAAAUUUUAUCUAAUAAUUAGCAAAAUUUACAAGCACAAAAAUGCAGAUCAGAACAGAGGGACUGUGAAAAAUGGAGAAGAAAGUGUGAUUUACAACAGACCUGAAGAUGAAAUUUUCUUUGAGCUUAGCUCAUGGUCAUUCAGUUUUCGCCUACAUGCACAGCAGGUUACUGCUAAUGAGCUGAAAAACUAUCGGCCAAUGGGUUUAGUGAUGGCUGUUGAAGCUUGUAAGAUAUCAAGUUUCAGGGAACAGCUGCAUUUGUUGAUAGAUGAAUGAUAUCAUGUGAGGUUUCAGCUGGUAUGCUUUUAUUACGACUCUCCAUCUCUCUUCAUUCGGUUGUCUGUACAUGAUCUCCAAACUUUUCUGGCAGUCUCUUGAGUUGUAUGGUUGCUUCUCUUCUACUCUCAGUGGGUAGUACGAAUAGUUGUUCGACAUUUCAAGUCUGCAAAGAUAGAUGCACCGAAGAACAAGCAGACCUCUACAAGUCGAAAUGUGCCUUUUAUAGCUUUUUAAUCGAAUGAAAUUUUUGUUGGUCAGAUGUAUGUGUUCAUCCCGUUUUGGAUUUGUGCGUUUUUAGCUGCAAAUCUCUUGGGAAGCUACGAGUUGCCGAUGCAAAUUGCACUGAUCUCUCUGCUCACAGACAGCACAGCAGUAUGGAUUGGUUUAUUCAUGCUCAAAUUUUAUUAAUGUAACCAAAUAUUUAGUCACUCAAGGUUCAUCAUCAUCUCAAAAAUCCAUGUCCUUACAUUCAUUCUAUUUUAUACCCCAUGUUGUAUGAUCUUUCCCCCUA